CUCCUCAGACUCUCUGGAGCUGCUACCGUCGGACGUAUACUGUACUGGCAUCUAGGCCCUUAGCUCGGAUCAACUCCGGUUCAAGCGGGCGGAACUUCUCAAGUCCCUUCAUGUGUAGCUUCCUCCUGUUUUCGGGAACUACCUAGUACCUAAAUCCCGCCGUCGUUUUUUUCGGGAAUCGUGUAUUCCCGCUUGUUCUCUGAUUUCCGAAGCAUUUUGGAAUAGCUUCCUCCUUUAUGCCUUUGGUCGUGGUCGCUAUUUUCCUCGAGCUCCUUUCCUUCAACGGCGACGGGUACAGCAGCAAGCGUUCAUGCCAACGGUUAGCGUCGUUGUUUCGCUUGGACGAUCACUAAUCUCUAUAGAUCCGCCGGCUUGUUGAGCUUAAGAUCUCAACGGUUAACGAGCUUGCUGCUUUCCGUUGUUAACGGGUAUUUAACCGCCUGAUCACUGUCGGCGUGAUCACUGCCUGUUUUCCUUUCAACUUAUCGAAACCCCGGUCGUGUGUCUGGGUCAAUAUUAUUCGGUCGCGCUAUUCACGGAGCGACAGCCAUUAUUCCUUGGCAGCAAGAGCUUUAGCAGAAGUAGUUUAUUGUAGGCACUAUCAACAGCAGCAGCAGCAUCAGCAUCAACCGCAGCAGCAGCAAUAGCAGCGGCAACGCCAGUCCUCCACGAUGGGGGACGCAGCCGGUUUAAAGACCUUCACCGCCGAAGAGCUCGACGAAGCCACGAAUAGCUACUCGCGGGAAAACUCGCUCGGCCGCGGCGGGUUCGGCACGGGGUACCGCGGGAAGCUCGCGGACGGGUCCUCGGUGCUUGUAAUGAAGCUGAACCCCGAUAACACCCGCCAGGCCGCGGAGAAAUUCACGCGCGAAGUGACCAUCCUCACGCGCGCGGACCACCCGCACAUCGUCAAGCUCCUCGGGUACAAUCCCGAGGCACGCUGUAUCGUGUACGAGUCCCUCCCGGCGGGGACCCUCGAGGACCGUCUGCUGACGGAAUCCGGACGGAAAACGUUAAAGCAGAAGGACCGGCUGAGAAUCGCUGCAGAGGCGUCCGAAGCCCUGCUCUUCCUCCACCAACUGGACCCCCCGAUCCUCCACCAAGACGUGAAGCCCGGAAACGUGAUGCUGAAUGAGGACCUGUCUUGCAAGGUCGGGGGAGUGGGCCUGGCGAAGUUCCUCCCCGCGAACGACUCGUCCAUCUGGGGCACCGUGGGGUACAUCGACCCGCUGCUGCUGCGCACGGGGAAGUACGGCCCCCAGUCGGACCUGUACGGGCUCGGGCUGGUGAUCCUGCAGCUGCUGACCGGCGAGAAGGUGAAUAAGGUGCUCGAGUUUGCGAAGUUUGGGUUGGACGGGAUUCUGGACCAUCUGGAUAAGACGGUUCAGUGGAACCCCGAGAUUGUUAAGGAGGUUGCUGACGUGGCGCUCAAGUGCAGGGACAGGAUGAGCCGGCCGGAUCUGGAGACGGUGGUUCUGCCCAUGCUGAAGAAAUACGCGGAGCAGACGAGAGGGGAGAAGGAGGCGGAGGCUGCCGCGCCUGCUGGUGGUAGUGGUGGUGCUGGUGGUGCUAAAGGUGCUGGUGGUGCUGGUGCCGGUGGGAGUAAGGGGCAUGCUAAGACGCCAGCAGCCGGUGCUGCGGCUGCUGCUGCGCCACAGAAGAAGUCGUUGUUUGGGUAUUUCUUUGGUAAGCGGUAAAGCGCAGGAGGCGGAAGCUGCCGCACCUGCUGGUGGUGGUGGUGGUGGUGCGUGCGGUGGAAGAAGUCGCUGUUUGGGUAUUUCUUUGGUAAGCGGUAAAGAGGAGAGGCGAAGGGAAGAAGGCGGGAGCUGCCUUUCCUGCUGCGACUGCAGGCGCCACGCCACAAAGAAGUCGUUGUUUUGGUGCUUCUUUGGUUAGCGGUGAAGGGUGGCAGUGGAAGCUGCAGUGGGGGGGAGCUACAGUGGGGGAAGCUGCAGUUGGGGGAGCUGCAGUGGGGGAAGCUGCAGUGGGGAAGCUGCAGUGGGGGGAGCUGCAGUGGGGGGAUGCAGGUGUGAGCAGGCGGAGGAAGCGAGCUGUUGAGGGAGAAUUGGUGUGACAGCAGGGGAUGCUUUUGAGUCUGACUGAAAAGCAGUGUUUGGGCAGAACCGAUCGGAUACAGCAGAUGCAAGUGUGAUCACGCGGAGGAAGCGAGCUGGUGAGGGGGAGUUGGUGUGACAGCAGGGGAUGCUUUUGAGUCUGACUUAAAAGCAGUAUGGGGGCAGAACCGAUCGGAUGCAACAGAUGCAGGUGUGGGAAGGCGUAGGAAGCGAGCUGGUCAGGGGGGAUUGGUGUGACAGCGGGGGGUGCUGCAUAGAGCAGAUUCAAAUCGUGCAGCUGGAGGAAUUGAGGUGGUUGGGGGGUGUUAGGGUAGGAAUUGGUGCAGUAGGGGAGUCGAGAUGAUGCAGUGGCCUUUUCUUAGGUGUGAGGAGUCUAUUUUUGAGGCGCCUUACAAAUAGACGCCUCACGGUUGAGGGGUGUUAGGGUAGGACUUGGUCCAGUAGGGGAGUCGAGAUAAUGCAGUUUCUUUCUUUGAAGCGGCAGCAGGAAGGGGGGGGGUGUCGCAGGAGUGUCUGGGGAGAGCUGGGGAUUGAAGUCUGGAAAGAGUAGGGUUUGCUGGGUUGAUAGGGGGGCUGGUGGAUGAACAUGUGGGGACGAGAGAUAGGAAGCAUGAAAGGAUAACCGUGGGAAGUGGAGAGUUACCCCAGUCUUGGAGAAUCACUACGGGUGCUUGCAGGAGUUGGUUCAGGGGUUGGUGCAGGGGUUGGUGCAGGGGUUGGUGCAGGGGUUGGUGCAGGGGUUGGUGCAGGGGUUGGGGCAGCGGUUGGGGCAGGGGUUGUACAGUUGUGUUUGUGACGGGGCAAGGAACCAGAGAGGUAGCAGCAGCAGCAGCAGCAGCAGCAGCAGCAGCAGCAGCAGCAACAGCAGCAGCAGAUGGGUUGGUAAUGGGAUGGGGGGCAUUGCAGCUGGGCUGGACCGUCCCAGAUGGAUGUCAUGUCACGCACGAUGCUGCAUUAGGUGUGUUGGCGCACAAGAGGCAGCAGCAGCAGCAGCAGGUGGAUUGGUGAUGGGAGAGAUUGCAGCAUCCCGCUCGCUGCAUGGGUGAAGGCCGCUUGGGGGAUGUUCACUUGAUCAUCAUUUUGUCAACUACAGUAGCUAGGGAGGGAAGUAUGGUGCCACUCCCCUAUAGUACCGUUGAUACCUAUCACAAUUGUCGGGAGCUCUAGUUUCGUUAUUUGUUUGCCUUAUCUGUGUUUUUCCAGAUUUAUCUCUUUAGGUCCUUGCUGCAGUAUGGGUCCGGUUGCUGAUCCGGUUGCUGAUCCGAUUGCUGAUCCAACAGUAUUCUCCCUGCUGCAGCAUCCCUGUUGCUGAUCCGGUUAUGGGUCUGCUGUAUGGCGAACACAUGGGCUUUGCAGGGUACCGACCGAGUACACAUCGAGCAAGCCCAUCUGAUUCUGCAUCAUGCACUCUUCGAGGUGUCAAGAGUCACGCUGGGGUUACCCUUGAGUUCCUCGGGCAAGGGCUACAGGCCUCUCUCUGCCUGGGGGGUUGUGGGCACACAUACCCGCUUCUUAUCGAGCCUUUUUAGCUCAGUGUUUAGUGACAGUUCUGACGAUGGGAAUC